GCCAUGGUCGAGAAACGGCGGCGGCAAACCGGCGCCGAGGUGCCCAUCGCAAAGCGCAUGCAACAAUCUGCCGACCUUCCAUUUGUAGUUGCCAAGAAGGAAAGCGAUGAUGACCUUGAAGACAAGAUCAAGGCACUUGAGGCGCAGUUGAAUUCAUCGUCGAGCGACGACGACAGCUCCGAUGACUCCGUCAAUGAUGACGAAAACGAUGACGAGGCCAAAAGAACACAUGACGGUCCUGCAAUCCUCAGCUUGUCCGCAUAUCAAAAUGAAAAGGUGCCGGCAUUGCCUUCCGAGCUUCUACCGAAAGCGCAAGCCUUUCAAAGCAAUCGAAGGAUCAAUACGUCACAAACCGAAGUGGCUCCGCCGCCAAAGAUCGUCGGUAAGGUCCCGUUUGCAUGCAAACCGUGCGGGUUUGUCGGCAAAGACUUGGACGAUUUUCAGACACACAAGGCUUCCGAUGCCCACAACGACGUCGUCGGGACGACCACCCAGCGCACAAGCUGCAAACUGUGCGCCAAGGACUUUACCAGCGCGGAACAGCUCGCCGAGCACAAGCUCGGCAAGUGGCACCUCAUGCGAAAACGAACGAAGAAGGAGCACUUCCACGAAGCUGUCCGAGUAUGCUACGACUUUAUGCGCGGCACGUGCUUUCGCGGCGAUAUGUGCUCGUUUAGCCACGACAACAAGAACUCCAAGCCCCACCAGGCCAUCAAGAAACCAACGAGACCGUGUAACCAAUUCAAGACCGGGACGUGCAAAUUUGGCGACAACUGCAUCUUUCUGCAUACGACAGCCAAGUAAACCCCGUUGGCCUUGUACCUGGUUAUGCUACAGCGAGUGUAGUCGGCAACUGGAACUGCACGCUGGACCUGUUCGGGUCCAUCGUUUAAGCGAUUCGCAAGCACAAUCAGUUGGAUUUGCGUGAAGGCAGUGUGCUGUAUUGGCACGGGUGGUGGUAGGCCGUGGUGCACGCAUUUGCAAUACAUUCUUGGCCAUGGAGAAAGGGA